GGCCUAUGAAGAGGAGCAGCCUUCUGCAGGAGUCAGGUUUGUCUGCCUCGCUGUUGACAUUUUGCACUGGAGAAGCAGAGAAAGUUAUUGAAAGUAUCAUGCCACACAAAUGGGAGAACGACAGGAAAAAGAGCAGCACCACCAGCUCUCUGAAGAUGGAUCGAAAGAGCAGUGCUGGGAACAGGAAGUCAAGAAAGUUUCGCUCCAUUUCAAGAUCACUUAUACUUUGCAAUGCCAAAACCAGUGACGAUGGGUCAAGUCCUGAUGAGAAAUGCCCUGAUCCCUUUGAGAUCUCUACCAGUUGGGGUCAAGAGGAUUUUGACUGCUGUCCUAGGACACAACUGCCGUGCAGAUCAGAGACAGAAGACAACCCACCUGGUCCUCCACGUGUGAUCACCAGCGUGGUCCAGUCCAAAGCUGCAGCAAAUGAGAACUGCAACAACGUGAGAAGAAACCUACUCACUAAG